AUGCCCGCCCUGCGUGAGGCCAUCACCGAAUUUUUUGGCUCCAACCCUCGGGAAUCCCCCGAUUUUGGCCGCAUCGUGGGGGACAAGCAGUUCCGCCGCGUCCGGGCGCUGCUGUGCAGUGGGCGAGUGGCCAUCGGGGGACAGACGGACGAGAAGGAGCGUUACAUCGCUCCCACCGUGCUGGCGGACGUGCUGCCCUGUGACCCUGCCAUGCAGGAGGAGAUCUUUGGCCCCAUCCUGCCCAUCGUUGUGGUGGCCAACAUGGAUGAAGCCAUUGACUUCAUCAACGCUCGGCCGCGGCCCUUGGCCGUCUACGCCUUCUCCUGUGACAGCAAGGUAGUCAACCAGGUCCUGGAGAGGACCAGCAGCGGUGGCUUCUGUGGCAACGACACCCUGAUGCACGUGACGUUGACCUCGUUGCCCUUCGGUGGCAUGGGGAGCAGCGGUUUGGGGAAAUACCACGGCAAGUUCACCUUCGACACCUUCAGCCACCACCGGGGCUGCCUGCACCGCAACAUGGGCCUGGAGGCCCUCAACUCCUUGCGCUACCCACCCUACACCCAGCAGAAGCUGGGCCUCCUGACGGCCACCUUCGAGAUCAAGCGCAAGGGCAUGUGCACCCUGCUCUGAGGGGCUCCUGUCACCCUCAUGGAAUUGGGGGGGGGACAUGCUGUGGGACAAAACCACCCUCUGCAGGAGGUCAGUGUCCUCCUCCCUCCUCUUGGAACCGGUCCCACGUUCUUCUUCCACUUCCUUUUCAAGAUGGAUGGACAUCUCCUGCACCCUCGUUCCUCUCCAGCUGCCUCUGCUCAGGACUGUUUGCUGGGAAACCAUCUGAAAUGGCCAAAAAAAAGUGCUUUUUCUCACCCUGGACUUCUCUUCCCAGCGGAGAAAACGGUUCCUAGGAGGCUGAGGACCAGCAGAUAAGCCCCAUCUCCCCUUAGAUGGACCUUUCCCUCUGGAUCAACCUCAUUCUCCCUCCUCUCAGCACCAGGCUCUUGUUUUCCCCUCCGUGUCACCCGCUCUGUAGUAAAGACUUCGCAUU